AUGGAUCUGAAGGAGGAAGACGAUGGUGGCAACGACAGUGGUAGACAAUUAUUUUUGGUGGGUGCACCCCGUGAUCCGUUGGUAUCCGCUGGUGCGAUCGUCGCCUCCGCUGGUGUGCCAGACGAGAUCAACCCUGGAGGAGAUCUACAGUCGACGGCUCUGGCUGGUCUGAUAGGCGCGCAAUCUUCCUCGGUUUGCUUUCCAACAAAAUUCUACCGUUUUUUAUUGACCUUUUUAUUUGUUUACCUGAAUGACCCCCAAAACGGAGUACCUUAUUGCAACAAUCCGUUCAAUAGAGGUUUCACGAUCUCUAUAAAACAAACGAGAGAAGUUGGAUAUACCUUCGCCGUUCACAGGUGUAAGGAAAAAAAGGAGGAAAAGAGAAAAGAAAUAGCGGGAGUUGCGGAGCCACUGUGGUACCCACACGAACUUCUCAACCUGGUAGUGAUUCAAUUACCAUUAGACUAUCCUUCAUCGGUCCGUCAUACCGGACAGCUUAUUCCGAUGUUUAAUUAG